UACACACACACACACACACACACACACACACACAAGGAACUGUAUUUAUUGAUAUUUUCUUUUUUCCAUUUUUAUUAACCAAGAGUCUAUAGCUAGGUAUGAAAUCAAAACAUGUGCUUCAAAUAGUAUCAACAUAAAGUUUGAUUUUUCAGGUGGUUGAUUGGUGUUAGUUAACCUGUGCACCUUUACUCUGAGUAGAGAAUUCUUUGAACGUUUUUAAAAAUGAAAAUAAUGUGAAGUCCCUGUUCCAUGCUUUCUCUCCCCUCCCCACCCCACCCCCCAAUGACAGACUCUGUGGAUCCCUGUGCUCCUAGGAUCUCAGGCUGAGGCUAUGAUCUGUACCUUGGGAGUUUGUAGUUUCAUUAGCAAACUUUUUUAAAUGAAAAAAGAUCAUUUAAAAUACCCACUAAAAUGAAUUUUUAUUAAGAAAAGCACUGCCUCCCUCCCCGUUUGUGGGGGAGUGUGAUAGAGAAUCUGUCCCGAUGCCCUUCUUGAUGUCUGGUCCUGGGGACCCAAGCUCCUGGCCAUCCCUUUUUUUUAACCUGUGUUCCUAGACCUCCCCUGUUCCUCUCGCCUAUCUCCAGGAGUUUUUCUUCUCUCUGCUGGCUUUGUGCCUUCUUGAGCUUACCUGCUUUCUGUUCCUGUUCCCUACUGUCUGUUUCUCACAGUGAAUUGGAGCCCUGCCAGGGGUAGGGUACCUCCAUGUCCGCUGUGCUGGACCAGGGCCUGCCCCGUUCGAAUGGGAGCGGGGCAGCAGCAACCCCCUCUGCCUCCGGGCCCUCCCUACCUCCUGUGCACUGGGCCCUGCCCUGAGGACUUCGCAUGGAGUCCAUUUCAGUCCUUUUCAGCCCCACAGCAGCUCUAAGAGGAAGUAGAUCACUGUUACUGUUCCCAUGUUAAAGACCGGGACCUGGUUAAAGUCAUACCACUUUGCAUUUGUUUAGUGACACUUUUUCCCGUACCUUUGGCCCUUAGGAUGAAAAAAUAAAAUGAUUCAAAGGCAAAACAGAGUACAAAGAGAAAUAAAAAGCCUGGAGGAUAAGUACAUGGAAUAAAUGGCCCCUGAAUACUCGUGUUGUCAGUGAGAGGGUCGUUUGCCUUCUUUUAUUUUUUAAAAAAUAUUUUUUUAUUGAUUUCAGAGGCGAAGAGAGAGAGAGAGAGAGAGAUCAGUGAUGAGAGAUCUCCUACUGGGGAUCGGGCCCGAAACCCGGGCAUGUGCCCUUGAUCAGAAUGGAACCCGGGACCCUUCAGGCCGCAGGCCGACGCUCUGUCCACUGAGCCAACCAGCUAGGGCUGGGCCGUUUGCCUUCCAAAACUGCCCUCUUGGUGACGCCGUGUUCCCCAGAGGCGCUGCCCCGGACCAUGGGCUGCACUGUGCAUGCACUGUAUUCCUAAGUUUCCCAAACAUAUAUGGAGUCUGGGAGUGAUCCUUUUCAUGUUGGUGUGCGGGCAGCCACCCUUUCAAGAGGCCAAUGACAGUGAAACAUUGACAAUGAUCAUGGAUUGUAAAUACACGGUCCCAUCCCAUGUGUCUAAAGAGUGUAAAGACCUGAUCACCCGGAUGCUACAGAGAGAUCCCAAGAGGAGGGCCUCUUUAGAAGAGAUUGAAAACCAUCCUUGGCUUCAGGGUGUGGACCCUUCGCCAGCCACCAAGUAUAACAUCCCCCUGGUGUCCUACAAGAACCUCUCGGAGGAGGAGCACAACAGCAUCAUUCAGCGCAUGGUGCUCGGGGACAUAGCGGAUCGAGAUGCCAUUGUCGAAGCCCUGGAGACCAACAGGUACAACCACAUCACGGCCACGUACUUCCUGCUCGCCGAACGGAUCCUGCGGGAGAAGCAGGAGAAAGAAAUCCAAACCAGGUCCGCCAGCCCCAGCAACAUCAAGGCCCAGUUUAGGCAGUCGUGGCCCACCAAAAUCGACGUGCCCCAGGACCUGGAGGACGACCUCACCGCCACUCCCCUGUCCCACGCGACCGUCCCUCCGGCUCCUGCGCGGGCUGCCGACAAUGUCCUCAAUGGCCACCGGAGCAAAGGCCUGUGUGACACGGCCAAGAAAGACGACCUCCCCGAGUUGGCUGGGCCGGCAUUGUCCGCGGUGCCGCCGGCGAGCUUGAAGCCCGCGGCCAGUGGGCGGAAGUGUCUGUUCCGGGUGGAGGAAGACGAGGAGGAGGAUGAGGAGGACAAGAAACCCAUGUCCCUCUCCACGCAAGUGGUCCUGCGCCGGAAGCCCUCGGUGACCAACCGGCUGACCUCGAGGAAGAGCGCCCCGGUGCUGAACCAGAUCUUCGAGGAGGGGGAGUCCGACGACGAGUUCGACAUGGAUGAGAACCUGCCUCCCAAGCUGAGCAGGUUAAAGAUGAACAUCGCCUCCCCGGGGACGGUGCACAAACGCUACCACCGGAGGAAAAGCCAGGGCCGCGGCUCCAGCUGCAGCAGCUCGGAGACCAGCGACGACGACUCGGAGAGCCGCCGGCGGCUCGAUAAAGACAGCGGCUUCACCUACUCCUGGCACCGCCGGGACAGCAGCGAGGGGCCGCCGGGCAGCGAGGGCGACGGCGGGGGCCAGAGCAAGCCCAGCAACAGCAGCGGCGGGGCGGACAAGGCCAGCCCCAGCGAGAACAACGCGGGCGGGGGCAGCCCCUCGGGCGGCUCAGGGGGCACCCCAGGGGGCACCUCGGGCAGCACCCGCCGCUGCGCCGGCCCCGCCAACUCCACGCAGCUGGCCUCGCGCGGCGCCGGGGAGCUGGUGCAGAGCCUCAAACUCAUGGGCCUCUGCCUGGGCUCGCAGCUCCGCGGGGGCACCAAGUACAUUCUUGACCCGCAGCACGGCCUGUCCUUCUCCAGUGUCAAGGUGCAGGAGAAGUCCACGUGGAAGAUGUGCAUCAGCUCCGCGGGCAGCCUGGGCCAGGCCCCCGUGGUGGGCAGCCUCAAGUUCUUCUCCGACCACGUGGCGGACAGCACCACUGAGCUAGAACGGAUACAGAGCAGGAACCUGAAAAACAACGUGCUCCAGCUACCUCUGUGCGAAAAGACCAUCUCUGUGAACAUCCAGCGGAACCCCAAGGAGGGGCUGCUGUGCGCCUCCAGCCAGGCCACCUGCUGCCACGUCAUCUGACAGUGGCCGCCCGGCCACUCGCACGCUUCCUGCUCAGAGCAGUGAAGACCGGCUCCCUUCACUGUUUGCUCUCGGUUUUACCCUCUCCGCGGGCAGUUAUUUAUUACGCUUCCCUUCGUUCGCCUGGCGCUGUGACAAUGCAUGGUCCUUGUGCAUGCUGCUGCUAGACACUGCUUUUCUGUUCCAGCCGAAAAGUCAAUCUCGUGUGUCACUUUUACAUUCAGAAUUUUAGUGUGGAUGAUCAGGAUUAAAUUAAAAUGUAUAUUUGGAACCUAAUAUAAAUGGAGCACUUAGAAAUGUGAUGUUCCGCACUUAACCUAGACAGAGAAAACAUGCUUGUAUUUCCUUGUUGAAAAUCUAAAUUCCUGUCCUGACCUGUUACACGGAGACUCCGUGCUCUGGGGCACACUCUGGUGUCCGAUACAGAACCAAAGCAAUAACGGUGAGAUGCCGACAGGCCUGGAGCCCGCGGACGUGCCCGCCAGCUUUCCGAGGCUGUGCGGGACAGAGUACAGCCAACGUCUGCACUAGAACCUUAAACCGAGAUUUCAACAUACCCACACCUGUUUGUCUUAAGCUGUAGUGUGAACAAAGUUUGGGCUCUUAAAAAUUAACUGAAAAAGAUUUUCUUGUUUUGUAAUAGGUGAGAUAAAGUACUUAGAUUUAUAAGGCAGCUUCCCCUGUUGUGGUAAAUGACAAGCAGACAAUCUUAUUUUAUAAUGUGUGAACUGAUGAUGUCUUAACUCUACUUAUAGGGUGUGUCUGUGUAACAGAACAAAAUGACGCUCGUGUAAACUCCUUCCCGCAGGGCACAGCCCAGGGUUUCCUUCAGAACCAUGUAGAUAGAAGGAACUGCAGGGCUUAACGUGGAGGCAAAGUGCACUCAGAGGUGGGCAGAGUCAAAACCCGGUCAUUGAAAAAAACAUAUAUAAACACAUAUAUGUAUAUACAUGGAUUGAUUUUUACGAGUUUGGUAAUUAGGUUGUCUCUUUUGUUACUUCCAUUUUAUAUCCUUUAGCUCAAUUAGCUAUGACAAUUGGCUAAUCAAAAAAUACACAUAGAAGGGUAGAAUCCACACAAUCAACACAUAGAAGGGUAGAAUCCACACAAUCAACAAACAAAACCUGCUUCAGUUUUGUUUUUUUGCUGGAAAUAUUUUUCACUUUGCCUUCCUGCCAAAACAAUAAUCAAGAACUCUUGCUUUAAACUAUUCCUGUACAGAGACUCCUUUUGACCAGAUAAUCAUCUUUCAAGACAAAUUUUAUCUGUAGGCACAGUGUAUUGCACAUUGCUGAUUGCGGAAGGGGCCAGAUGCUGUGCCCCGAGGGGUCUUAGAUGCUUAGCCGCAUUGGUGAUAGGAUGCGGCUGGGCCCGGGCCUUCCCACGCUCAUCAGCCUCCAGUGAGGUGUCUGGUCCACACAGUGGCGGAGCCCCAGGGGACGGCAUGCCAUUGGGCAAGGCCUCCAAGUGUACACUGACCUUGCUACGUUAGUACCCAUCUGUUUUACUCAGAGCUCUGAAUUUUAUUGUAUACUUACUAGAUUAAGUAAAGAUGAUACUUCAAAUACUUUUACUUUCUAGACCUAGGCUAGAUGUGUUUUAAGCUAUAGCUCUAUUUCAGUGUGAUAUUUAUAAUUGAAAGCUAUGAGAAUAGGUGUGUGGGUGAAGCCAUAGAACACAUUUGCUUGAAAUUCUUGAGCAGGGAUCUUAUAAAGGGCCAGAAAUAAGAUGUGUGGUUCACAUAGACAGUGAGCGUAACAUCUGUAUUAAACAUAGGAGAGAAGUUUAUAAAGGGCAUUGGCAAUAAACUCUUUGUUGCAGCUGUUUUCCAAGCAAUGUAAAUACUUUUUCCUGUGAUUAUGUAUAGCCUUGGAAUGGCACAUUUGAACCCGUAUGUGUUCGGUUUUUGUUGUGUUUUUUAUAUUCAGAUGUAUAUAUGGUGCUCACUCUAGGAUCAGCAGUGUUGACCAUUUAUGCUGCAUAGCUGUAUUAUAGCCUUAUUAGUUGUGUGUGGUUGGUUGGCCCUCUGGGUAGACAGAUGUUAGUCUGAGUGGUGUCUUACUCCUUUGUUCCUAAGUGAAUGACUGUGCAUGUGUUGUAUGUCAUAGUAUGUUGUCCCAUAAAAGAGAGGGAGCGAAUAACCAUUACAUUAAGAUAAUAUUGGACCAAACUACUUACUUGCUCUAAACAGUUUCCUGUACCCCUUAACUUGUCUUCAGAAGUUGCAUAGAGUUACAGUAGUGUGUAAAUUAAAUAUUGUGGACAAUUAGUCUUGUAUUUUUCUGUAUGUGUGUGUAUAUAUAUACAUAUGUGUGUAUAUAUAUAUAUAUAUAAAAUAUGUACUUCUGACAAUUCUAUCUGUAUUUAAAGAUGUGACAAUCUUGACACCGACUUUAAGAGUAGCCGUGAGACUGAAUCAAAUUAAAGGUAUUUCUACCACGUAAGCGCUGAUGUGUGUGAAGCGUAUACAGAAUGAUCAACUGAUUGGUCAUUUGCGUCCACUGCGGGUUGAUUUUCCUCGUCGUGUGAACAUGGACAGGUCUGUGACAAGUGGGAGAAAACCCAAACAAUAAAGUGGCAUAUUGGUGUUCAGCAA